CACUGACGUCAUCGAGAGCGCCGCCGUCUGGUUGGUUCUCGCGGCUGCCCGUCACGGCGGGGGAGGGGGGGAGGACAGAACGCGGCCGCUGCCUGAGAUCACAGCGCAGACCGGCUCCCGGCCUCACCAAGCCAAACUGGAUUUCAACCGGUGAUCUGUGAGGUGAGAUGCUGCGUCCCCCUGCUCCAUCCCCGGGCUGUUCAAGACCACGUGGGGCUACUGAAACUGCCUAAGCUGCCAUAGAAAGGUUUUGUGUCUAAUGGGAUAUUUGCCAGCAAAUUCAAGCCACGAACACUGUAUAUUUCUUUAUUUGUAAAGGUGUUUGAAGUCCUUGAAUUUACCCUUUGGCCACCUUAAAUCUAGUUUCUAAUCCCCAGUGCAGUUAAUCAAAUCCACAGUGGUUUGAAUUAUGAGAUGUCUGGGGGGGAUUUAUAGCUUGUAUUGCUGAUUAUACCUUGACUUUAUUAUAUUGCAAAUAUCUAACUUACGGUCAUGGCUGAGAUUUACAAUCCUCAGGUAGGUGCUUAGGAUAACUUUUAGCAAAUCCAGAUGUAAUUGGAGGUGACUGAUGGGGCUGUUGCCACAGAUAAACAUGUAAUCUGUAAAAUGUUAAGACAGGGAAAAAAGAGACUGAAUAGAUGAAAAGGGUGGGUCAGCCUUUAAAAUAAAUAAAUAUAUAUAUAAUGGGGUGUAUUGCUGAGCAAGGCUCUGGGAUGCCUGAUCUGGCUGAGGCAUCCCUGCCCCAGAAGUGGUUUUGGGCUUGUUGGUCUCCAGAAAAUAUCAGGAUUUAGAUCUUUGUUCCUUCUUGCUCUCAGCUAGAGGUUUUUAGGGUUUGAAAUAGCCCUGGGGAGGGGGAAGGGGUGAUAAAUAGAAAUGGAGGUCCUCAUAGAGCUGAUGCCUGCCUCCCUGGUUCGGGGUGGCCUUGUGCCCACGGCUCUUUCAGACCUGAUGGCGCUUUCUCCUCUGUCUCGGAGGAGCAGCAAGUCCUGCGCAGGCGUGUGCCCUUCAGCCAGCAUGACGAGCGAGGUGGUGGAGAACGAGUUUGAGUUUUACUCCAAGGCAGAGAAGUACUGGAAGGACGUGCCUGCCACGGUGGACGGCAUGCUGGGGGGCUAUGGCCACAUCUCCAGCAUCGAUAUCAACAGCUCCAGGAAAUUCCUGCAGAGGUUUCUGCGGGAUGGUCCCAACCGGACGGGGACAACCCGCGCUCUGGACUGCGGGGCGGGCAUCGGCCGGAUCACCAAGCGGCUGCUGCUGCCCCUCUUCAAGACGGUGGACAUGGUGGACGUGACGGAAGACUUCCUCACCAAGGCCAAGAGCUACCUGGGAGACGAGGGCAGGCGGGUGCGUAACUACUUCUGCUGUGGCCUCCAGGACUUCACCCCCGAGCCAAACUCCUACGAUGUCAUCUGGAUCCAGUGGGUCAUUGGACACCUCACCGACAACCACCUCUCCGACUUCCUGAAGCGGUGCCGUGCCGGCCUGCGGCCCAAUGGCAUCAUAGUCAUCAAGGACAACAUGGCUCAGGAGGGUGUGAUCAUGGACGAUGUGGACAGCAGCGUCUGCCGGGACCUGGACGUUGUCCGUAAGAUCAUCCGCCGGGCUGGGCUGCACUUCUUGGCCGAGGAGCGCCAGGAGAACUUCCCUGAUGAGAUCUACCACGUCUACACCUUUGCCAUGAGAUGAGGGCAGCUGGCAGCAGGAGAAGGUCUCUCCGGGGCCGGCUUGGAGCAUGGGCCAGCACAGUGGUUCCUGCUGGGGCCGGGAGGGAUGAGGACUGUGCCUUCACCACGGGGUGGCAGAGAGCAGCGAGGGUGUCGUGACUCCCUCUCUCUGGGGCUGGUGGUGAGGAUGGGGCUUUGUCUUCCACGUUGCUGCUGUUUGUGAAAAGAGGUGUUUGCCAAAUACAUUUUCCUGCUGUUGCA